UUUGUAUGAGCUGCAUGUGUUUGGAGGAUUUUUUAAAUACGCAUGCAUUUAUCUGAUUAGUGAUUACAUCAAUUCUAGUUAAAGGAUACAGAUGUCCGCGUUGUAAUCUUUUAACUUAAGUAUACAGUUCACCGAGAAGAAAAUGUGGUCCCUGGUUUCAACAGAAAAUAAUCAAGUAAAGAGGCUUCUUGCAAAUCGAGUAUACACGUUUGGAAGAAAGGAUGUGGACUUCAUAAUUGCUAAUGAUUCGUCAGUGAGUAGAAAGCAUGGGACAAUAAAAGUGAUCGAUGAGGAAUCAAGUAAUGAACCAUGUCUGCUUGUGAGUGACAGCUCAAAGUUUGGGACAUUCUACUCAAAAAAUGAAACUGGAAAUGAACAACAUUUGGUUUUUAACAAAAUAACGGGUAAAGUUCGACUCAAACAUGGGGAUUGUCUUCGAAUUGGAGUUCUGAAGUCAAUUUUCAAAAUCAAACACAAACCACUGCUCAUUGUUACAUCAUCAAUGAGUUCUGUUCUGCAAGAAAAGUUGCGUGACAAAGUUUCAAAGCUUGGUGGUAAACUGACCACUAGCUGGCAAACUGGAGUUACACAUCUAGCCAUGCAAAGCAUUCUUCUUAAUGUGAAGGUCACACAAGCGUUAGCAUGUGCUUGUCCUAUUGUCAGUGAAAAGUAUUUUUCCAAACUUUUGAAAUCAGUUGAAACUAAUGAAGCUGAACUGCCAAGUACUAAUGAUUUUCUUCCCGAUAUAUCUGAACAAGGUCUUGAUAAACGUGAAUGUUCGUUUCAAGUAAACGUGGAAAGAAAAAAUAUCUUUCGUGAUAAAACAGUUGUUUUUCUCAGCCAUAAACAGAUGAAGCGUCUUGGUUCUUCAUGCUCGUACUCUGGUGCCACCGUGUGUUUGGUAUCUGAUCAAAAAUGCACGGAUGAAAAAUUAAUUGACGAAAAUACAAUCGUUGUACGAUGUGCUGAUAACGCGGAAUCUCAAGUAAUUGAUGCAAAAAAACUUGAAAAGUUGCAGAGACAGUUUCGUAGAAAACAGCUACGUUUCAUACAAGAGCAUGAGAUAGGAUUAUCUUUGUUGUAUUGCUCCACUGAUAUUUAUUGCAACCCUUCAUUUGAUCUUGAACAAGAAACCACUUUCUCCCAACGACCGAUACCGGGUUCUACAUUCUCUCAAAACAUGGACCAUCUCCAGCGGGUGAAGUCCAGGCAAGAGGUGGAGGAUACUGAUGAUCCAAACUCUCUCUUUAUCUCCUGCAUCCCUGAAACAAUGAAAUCCCAAGCUCCGGACACGUUUUGUUCCCUGGAUGUUGGAAUGGAGUCCGAGAUCGGAAGAAAGAAAAGACCGCAUGAAGACCACGGUACUGAUGAAAUUACUUCAAAACAUCAAAAACCAAACUCCCCACCAAAACACCAACCACACACUGUAUCUUCCAAGCUUAUAGAUGAUACAGCUCACUUUAGUAAGGAUCCAACACACAGAAAAACACCGGAGUUACCCUUCAAGGUGCCAAAACCACAGGAAAAUAUUGCCCAAUCUGUGGAGAAUAUUGCGCAAUCCAUGCUAGGCAGCUCAAUGACUUCAAACAAGAAAAAAUCCAAACCUCCACCAAAGAAAAAACGAAUAUCUGUCGUUCCAACGACACCAGUUCAACUUACAAUUCCAACCAAUAAGCCAACUAUAGACCAUAACCCAACUGAAACACAUAUUAUAACUUCCACUAAAGUUGCCUCAAACUAUGACAUUGCGUUGAAUCCAGGCCCUGUUUCACCAAUACAACAAAAUGUAGAUGAUAUUCCUGACAGUUGUAUAGAAGAUGAUAGUCUAUGGACUUCUUCAAUGGAUUUAAACCAGAAAAAUGAUGUUCUUGUGCUCCCAGUGAAGACUGAGUACAUAGCUCCUGAAAUAAGUGUUGACCAAGACAGUGAACGUUAUGUAGACCCAGAUUUAAUAGACAGUGAGAGAUUUACUGAAUCGCAACACUGCGAACCAACUGUGCAGAUUAAGCCAAAGCAGGAAUUGCUUGUUGUUAAAAAAGAGAAAACAAGCCAACCUUACCCACAAGUAAACAAGGACAAGUUUAAGAACGUAACAGCAGGUUGGGCUGAUCCUAAAAAUGCACCUACAAGUGAUUAUUGUGAAGUAAUUCCUGAUUAUCCAACUUCAGAUUUAAGCAAACUUGUUCAAGUUUCAUUAAUUGUUACAACUUCUACAACACGUGUGACAAGUAAAAGUAAUGCACAGAGAAAUACGAAAAACUACAAAUGUUUUCGGAAGGUUUACCCAACAUAUAUGGAUUAUGAGUCGCAGAAUAACACGGCUGCUUCUUUCAAACCACCAACAAUAAUUGGUGGUCGAGAUCUUUUUAAACAUGAGAACAAAAUAUCCAAAGACACAAAUCUGGAGGACUGGGCAAUGCUUAAUGAAAAGGAAAAUGACAACUUAAAUCCAUUCGGGUAAUAGCAAUUGUACAAAUUUGGAUGGAACAUCUGUUUGAUGAUAGCCUCGUUGAAAUUAUGUGUUGUUUAUGCUCUAUCUUCAUAAUACGUUUUCUUUUGUUUUAUUAAUCUUUUUUGUAUUUUCUUGCGUUUGGAAAUUUCUAAUUAGCCAUAUUUUAGCCACAAAUGCUCCUACUGGCAAGCAUGUUGGGCUGAUUGAUAUAGCCUAACUCUUCUGGCAAUUUAUUAUAAGAGUUUCAACAUCCUAUUCAGUUGCUUUCAAUGUACCACAACGAAUGUGGCACACGAUUUAUGUAAUCGUAAUUCAAAAUUUCAUUAAUUGCACUUCUGAUACAUAACUGAAAAUUAUAAAAGUUCGCCCUGAAA